GUCCGCCAGUCCGCCCCCGUUCUCCAUCAAACCACCACCGGCUUGCCAGCGCAAAGUCGCCAACUUAUCCUCCCGUUCCCCGCCGAGAUUAGUCCCACUCUUUUUAUUUCUAUUUAUUAUCGGUCUUUUGGGGUCACAUUUGUUAAAGGAAUUGUUUGGCAUUUUUUUUGUACUUUAUUGGGCUGUUUACUUCGUCGCCAUGGGUAUUCCGUAAGUUUGUUCAGACUCGUGUGCCCCGUCGAGUGAAACGCGCUGCCUCGCCGCCGGAUGGAGCACGGGGCAAACAAUUGUACUAACCCUGCUGUAGAAUGUUCCGUGAGCCUUCGGGCGCUGAUAAAUCUACGAAUAACGCCAUAAAGGAUCCCUCUGCUGCCGCGCGAUCUUCAAUCCGCCGCCAAUCUACCAUUCGCCGCCCGUCGCGCUUCGGUGGUUCCGACUUACGCAGCGCAACCCUUCGCUCAAGAUUUCCUCGCCCGAUCGCAGAUGAGAUUGAGCGUGAAGUGAAUGGUUUUAGACACCAUGUGCGCUCUCCAGCUCCGAACUCUGGGCCUGUCGACGACCCCUUUGAUUUGACAAGAGGACUUGUGGAUUCGAAUAGACGAGAGGCCGGCCAAAGGUUACUAAGAGAUGCCAUUCACCACAAUCACCCUGGUCGGCGGUUGAGAAUACCGCGCGAGUCGCCGAUGGUUGACUUCCUCAGCCGUUUCUCCCCAGGGGAUGACCCUGGCAACCGACAAAGUCCAGAGCAUCCGCCUUACACACCGCGAUUUGCUCCCGCAUAUCACAGCACGGCAUCUUCGCAGCCACACCCAGACGUCAUUCGUCUAUCCCCAUUUCCCCGCUUCGGUGGUCCCGGUGAUGAUCCAGAUGGAUUGACAGUUCCUUUGUUGCGGAGGGUCGGUCAACGCUCUAUCAACGAAGCGAAUCGAGUGGGUCGCGGACCCGUUGUUGAUGGACUUGGAGACCGCCAGCGGAGUUUGAGCCCAGAGGAUGACGAACAAGAGCAUGAUGCGUGGGAGACACUCCUAACUACCAUUGCACCAGACGCCAAUCUUCCCAGUGCCGACUCUUCAUUCGGUUCCACAGCGGCCUCUGGGGCAAAUGCAUCGAGGGAAGGGACAUCCGGAAACUCGGCCAACCCUUCUCAAACACUUCCAUCCUCUUUGGAUCCUACGGCGGCGACAGUGCGAAUGGUGCUCGACCCCUAUCCCGAGUUCCUGAACCCAUGUGACCCACCGUCUUCCGAUUCAGGCUCGGACUCGGAGUCGGAGCUUAGCCAGCAAGCUCUUAACCAGCGCUAUCGCGCUCGGAUGCGCCUCAUGAACCCCAUUCGGCAGAUGCAUAAUCUUCAUUCCACCAUGGAUAGCCGACCUCCUAUUCCUACGGUCUCAUUCUCCUUUUCCGAUACAUCUACCGACCCGGACUUUACCCAGAUGCAGGCCAUACUGGAUCGUCUUGCUCGCAGACAGGAUAUUCCUGAUGAAUGGUGGGCAGCUGCUGGCCUGUCUCGAUCUCUUGGCCGCAGGCUCGGCCCGGGAGACGAAAUCCCAGAUUCUGACGACACCGAUGGGCCAGCCAGGCAGAGGCCCUGAAUAUUCCUUUCUUACCAUUGUCGUUGAUAGUGUUUUACAUAUGAUACUGUUGUAUGUGGAAAGAUAUCUUUCGGUUUGAAUAAUAGCGGGUGGGGUGGGUUAUUCUGUUUGGCGUUGAUGGUGCAUUAUUGAUUUUUCUUCUUGUGGAUUUGCAUUAUGGUUUUGCCCAGGUGGACAUUGUCUGCCCUGGGAACAGGGGAAAGCCAUUCCCGUAUAUAGUCACUCGGGUUCUUUGUAUUCAUAGUCUGUGAUAUACCAUGUUUUACAGCUGCGAGUACAGCGCUUGGUCGAGUUGACUAUCUCUCCAUCCAUCCUUUUGCCUGAGGUAGUCUAUUCGAGAUGGAAAGUGGGGUAUUAGACAAUCAAAGGUACAGUCGAAAAGUUCCAUUAAUUAAAGAGGGGUACCCCUGGUACCAACCGUUGUUUUUCCUCCUAUAAAAACCACUCCAUGGAAUCAUCUCCAACAAUUCCGGGUGUUGUUGCAAAAGAUCGAC